AUGUUGGACCCGACGACGCAGAAGAAACCGGUCGACAUCGACGGGCUGGUGCCGGUGUCCGACAUCGAAGACAGCUCCAUCAGCUCGGCCAAGGACAUCUUGGAAAAUGAGGGCGAGGACCCCGUGCUGGCGAGGAAAAUGCACCUCGUCAAUGACGCCAAUGACCAAAUCGGCUGGACGCCAUUUCACUGGAAGCUCUUCGUCUUGAACGGCUUCGGCUACGCCGUCGAUUCCCUCAUUGCGCUCGUCCAGUCCGUCACCAAUACAGGAGCUUUCCUGGAGCUAGCGACGUCCUCGACAUAUCGCAAUGCGGGUACUGUCUCGCUGUACGUCGGACUACUGGUCGGUGCAAUCUUUUGGGGGUUCGGUGCCGAUAUCAUUGGGAGGAGGAUCGCGUUCAAUGUAACGCUAUUGAUCACCUCCCUCGCGACAAUCGUGUCGGGUGCAAGCCCCAAUAUCGUAUCGUGGAGUUUCUUCAUCGCGCUCUCAGGAUUCGGCGCCGGUGGCAACUUGGUGCUCGACCCGACGGUCUUUCUUGAAUUUCUGCCCAGCAGCAAGCAGUGGACGGUAACAGCUCUCGCGCUUUGGUGGGGCUUCGGACAAGCAUUGACAGGAUUCAUUGCCUGGGGAUUCUUGACCCAAACCCGAUGGAACUGCACCGAAGGACAAAAUUGCAACUGGUCGAACAACGCCGGUUGGAGAUACGUCUCGUUCACGGCCGGCGCUUUAGUCUUUGUCACCUCCGUCGCGCGAGUGACGAUCAUGCGGUUGAAGGAGACGCCGAAAUACCUCCUCAGUGUCGGCCGAGAUGCUGAUCUCGUGCGGAACUAUCAGCAGAUAGCGCAAAAGUAUGGAAGAGAGUGCUCGCUUACGGAAGAAAAGCUCGCGGCAUGCGGUGAGAUGAAGAACGCAGGGCAAGACAGACACACAGUCAAGUUCGUGCUGAACGAGCUGGUCGACCAUGUCAAGGGUCUUUUCGUGACCAGGAAGAUGGCUCUUAGUACCGCAAUGGUUUGGAUGUCAUGGACACUGAUCGGUCUGGCGUAUCCCCUUUUCUACGUGUUCUUACCCUCUUACCUUGCGUCGAGAGUUCCGGACAACGUCGAGACGCCUUACGAGACGUGGCGAAACUUUACACUGACUAACAUCUCUGGAAUCCCGGGGCCGAUCAUCGCUGGUUACCUUGCUAACCUUCCUCACGUCGGCCGGAAGUACACGAUGGUCAUCGGCGCGGUCCUGUCCAUGGCGCUCUUUUUCGCCUACACUGCGGUUAAAACUGCCGAUCAAAACCCCAUAAAAUCAGCAUGCAGCAUCAACAUCUACUAUGGUACGCUGUAUGCGUACACAGUUGAGGUUUUCCCUUCAGCACAUCGCGCCACGGGCAACGGUAUUGCAGUGGCUUGCAACCGCCUAAUGGGCAUUGUUUCUGCAUUCGUUGCUACGUCUGGCAACACGUCGACGGCGGUGCCUCUUUACGUAUGCGCAGCACUCUUUGGCCUGAUGGCUGGCGUUUCGGCACUGUUCCCUUUUGAGCCAUACGGAAGACGAAGCUCUUAG